CAAGUCAGAGCCAUUCUGCUCCAAAUUGCUCGGCCCGGCCUCCCAUGGCGGCCUUUGCCAUCGCAGGGCCCAGCCUCCCAUGGUUCCCGACUGCUCCACUGGCCUCGCCACUGGCUUCGCCACCGGCUUCGUCCGCUCCGCGCCCGGCGACGUCCUCCACCGGUGGAGCCGCAGCAGUGUCGGCCGGAGCCGCGGCGGUGUCGGCCGUUUCGGCUGCGCGACGGAGCAGGGUGACACGAAGGGCUGAGGCCAAGGUGGCCACUGAGGAAGAGGAAGAUGUCUACUACCGCAGUGCCACUCCCAGAGAACGGCAGUUUGGCAUGUACGAGAGCCCUCGACGAAGAAGAUCAUCUUCUCAGGGAGCAGUGGAAGUGCCCUUGUCGCAGCUACAUGUCGUGGCUGCUCAGCGUCAGCUGCCUAUGCUUUUGGAAGCACUACCUGAAACAGAUGCAUCAGAAGCAAUCUUUGCCUGGUCCGAGCUGCUGGUGGCCUGUCAGGCUCAGGCGCCUGAGCUGCUGAAGACCUGGAGCUGUGGCAUUGGACCCUUGCUUCGGCUGGCUGUGGCCGUGCCCAAGGAGCAAUGGCUGCGGAGUCCGAAGGAGCCUUGGUGCGAGCCAUCCAACUACGCCGACGAGGCGGAGGGCCCUGAAGGGCCCACCUUGGGCUUCGAAGCGCUGCCCAAGCUGGAGAAGCUGAUCCGACAUUUGUUGGUGAAGUAUGAAGAUGCCCCGAUGGCCUUGGCUGGCGGCUUCACUUGGAGUGACGGCGCCGGCGGCACCUUGCGCGAGCGCGAGGGGCGCGAGGUAGUGCUUUGUAGCGCUAGCGGCAUGAGCCUCUGCUUGCGCUUCAUUCAGCUCUUUCGCGAGGUUUGCCAGGGCACGCGCAAGCCAGUUGCAGCUGCGCAGGAUUUGUUGAGCUCUACGUUGACCAAGAAGAUGGUUGGACAACUGAUGGCCUCUGCUGCUGAAGAACUUCCCAAGCCGCCACCCGUGGAAGUACCCGAUAGCACACGACAUGUGCAGCCGGUGGAGGUGACGUUGCAAAGCCCCCUGAUGGCCCUGCGCCGCGCGCAGCUGGAGAUCCACGCGGCUGGAGGGAAAGUGCUGGGUGACGCGCUGGGUCGCACGCGGCUGGCGAAGGACCUUGGCACGGUGGAAGAGGAGGAAUUCACCCUGGAGCUCCUUGCAUGGCUUUCUCGUUUUGCUGAGGAGCCAGAAUUCCAAGAGUCCAGCAGUGCCGCCCAGUGUGUCGAAUGGCUCCUGUCUCAACGCGCCUUGGACCCCAAGUUCUCCUUGGUGCUGGGAGGCAACCCACGAGCCCCAAAGAAGGUCUUGGCUGCAGCAAAGCGAGAUGCUGCCACCCUGGAAUUAGAGCGCUUGCAGCAAAGUGGCCAAAGGUUUUUGCCCAAUCCUGCCAAGAUCAAGGGCUUUGUGAAGCGUGGCGUGAUGGCGCCCUUUGGUUCGCCCUAUGAGAACGAGGCCAAGAGGGGCGAAGCCACCUGGGUCCCCGAGCGUCUCCGAUUCCUCAUCGGCGAGGCCAGUCUGCUUCGGGAGCCAAGCCCUCCAAAUAGCUGGCAGGGUGAUGAGUACGAGCCCUGCGAAGCCGAGGAGCGUUUCCUCCAAGAUCCCAAGUACCUGAGGAAGGCCACGGUGCGCAUCGACGAGAUUCUGAGCUUCGAGUAUUUGCAACACGUGGGCCAAACAAUGAGAAAUUGCCUUCGAGUAGAAAGGCGAGGUGGGAUGAGUCUCAUGAAAUACUUGAGCCGAGUGAAAGCCAGAGAAAGCAGCUUCUGGGUUAUGACAAUCACUGCAGAAGAGGAGGAAGAGGGGGAGGAGGUGGCGCCAGUGCAGCACUUGCUCCUCAUGGAGGUGUACAACGGCCUCAACGUGAUCCACCAGGCCGAAGGUUCGCACCCGAGGCGCUGGCCGCGGCUGGACGCCUGGCGGUGGCUCCAAGAGUGGGCGCAGCAGGAAGACCUGCGGCCCGAUGGCCCCGAGGGCGUGACUGUUGGCCCCUAUGGGGGCUACGACGGACGAAUGGAACGAUGGGAUAUUCGCCGCUGCUUUCUAUGGUGAAGAACGUCCUUCAUCCCUCAUGUAAAUAGCCUGGCAUCAGCCAGUGAAUCUUUUCGCCCUAGGCUUGGCCUUGGGAGGCCACAAAAGAUGGCCCAUGGAACCAUGUGUGUCGCGAGAUCUCAUGGCGAUCUCGUCGGGCCGCGCUUGAAGUCGUGCGGCUUUAGGCGCAGCGUCUUGAAAUGCAGAGACCUAGCUGAAGGCUGCCGCAGGAUCGCCAACGGGUUUUCCUGAAGCGGUCAGCUACUUUCUUGGUGCCUCAAUCUCGAUUCUGCAGAAGACAGUGGUUUGAGAUACUCAC